CGGGCAGCCGUGAUGUUUCCAAAAAAUACGGUUUUAUCGGAUAUAAGUGCGUGUGGGAUCUUCGGCAUCAUCACCUUCUCGUGCCUCCGUUUCUGGGGAGAGAUUGGCAAACGCGGCGGUAUCUUCGACCAGAAACUCAUACGGAAGUUUGUGCAUAUAAAUAUUGGACUGGUUUUUCUACUUUGCUGGCCUCUGUUCAGUUAUGGAAUCCAAGGAGCGCUUUUUGCAUCUAUUGUACCUGGACUCAAUAUAUUAAGGAUGCUAUUGCUAGGCCUUGGAGUUUACCAAGACGAGGGAACCAUCAAGUCUAUGAGUAGACAUGGAGAUCGCAGGGAACUACUUAAAGGACCUCUUUAUUAUGCACUGUCAAUCACACUGGCCUGUAUCUUCUUUUGGAAAACAUCCCCAAUCUCUAUUGCGGUUAUAUGUAACCUUUGCGCAGGAGAUGGUAUGGCUGACAUUGUUGGGAGGCGGUUUGGAACAGAGAGGCUUCCUUACAACAGAAACAAAUCAUUUGCUGGUAGCAUUGGAAUGGUCACCGUCGGGUUCUUAGCUUCUGUUGUGUAUAUGUACUACUUUGCUUCAUUUGGUUACAUCGAGGUUAGCGUGGGAAUGAUUCUUCGGUUUGCCGUCAUCUCUAUAGCAUCAGCUCUUGUGGAAUCACUCCCCACUGACAUUGACGACAAUCUCACCAUCUCCUUAACCUCUGCAUUGGUAGGUUUCCUACUCUUCUAAUAGUGCCCUCCUCUCUUUGUUCUUCUGUAUCAUCAAAUAAAAUAAAGGGUCUCGAGCUUGAUUGCCCUGUGGAUGUGAUGUGGAGGUAAAACUGCAUUCAGAAUUCCCAUCUUCAUGUAUAUGUACGUAUUAGUGAAAAAUAAUCUCAUAUUGUUGUUGUCCAUGGAACUUAGUUUUC